AUGUCGGCCAGGCCCCUUCUCUACCCACUAUGCCAUGUAGUGAACCCAGUUUCACAUCAAGGGGCAUUUAUUGAGCGCAGCUGUGCAUUGCUGCUGCCACUGCUGCUCCUCACCUCCUCACGGCCUGCCCAGGCCCAGCCCAGAAUCCCCCUGGACACGGUGAAGCUGUGGGCCGACUCUUUUGGUGGGGAGCUGCAGGCCCUGCUCACCAAGUACUCUGGAUCCCUUCUGCUGCUGAAAAAGUACAGAGACGUGGAAUCAUCCCUGAAGAUCAAGGAGGUGGACGGCCGGGAGCUGGUCAGGCAGUUCUCCGAGGACAUGGAGAGCAUGUUGGGGCGGAAGGUCGAAGCCGUUAAGCGGCUGGUGGAGGCUGCAGAGGAGGCUGAUCUGAAUCACAAAUUCAACGCUUCCCUGGUGUUCGACUACUACAACGCGGUGCUCGUCAACGAGAAGGACGAGAAGGACGAGUUCGUGGAGCUCGGAGCCGAGUUCGUGCUGGAGGCCAACGAGCACUUCAGCGACCUUUGGGUCAACACGUCCAUCAGCAACGUGCAGCUGCCCACCAAUGUCUACAACAAAGACCCCAACAUCCUGAAUGGUGUCUACAUGUCCGAAGCCCUGAACCCCGUCUUUGUGGAGAACUUCCAGAGAGACCCCACGCUGACCUGGCAGUACUUUGGCAGCUCCACUGGCUUUUUCAGGCUUUAUCCAGGGAUAAAGUGGAUGCCGGACGAACGGGGAGUCAUCUCCUUCGACUGCCGGAACCGCGGAUGGUACAUCCAGGCCGCCACCUCUCCCAAGGACAUCGUGAUCGUGGUGGACAUCAGCGGGAGCAUGAAAGGGCUACAGAUGACCAUCGCCAAGCACACCAUCGCCACUAUCUUGGACACGCUCGGGGAGAACGACUUUGUCAAUAUCAUCGCGUACAAUGACUACGUCCACUACAUCGAGCCCUGCUUUCGGGGGAUCCUGGUCCAGGCCGAUCGAGACAACCGAGAGCAUUUCAAGCAGCUGGUAGGUGAGCUCCAGGCGAAGGGGGUGGGCUCCGUGAGCCAAGCCCUGCAGGAGGCCUUCAAAGUCCUACAGCAGGUCCGGGACGCGGGCCGGGGGGCCCUUUGCAAUCAAGCCAUCAUGCUCAUCACGGACGGGGCAGUGGACGGCUACGAAUCCGUCUUCGAGAAAUACAACUGGCCGGGACGCAAAGUCCGGGUGUUCACUUAUCUCAUCGGGAGGGAGGUCAGCUUCGCGGCCAACGUGAAGUGGAUCGCAUGCAACAACAAAGGCUACUACACGCAGAUCUCCACGCUGGCGGACGUCCAGGAGAACGUCAUGGAGUAUCUGCACGUGCUCAGCCGCCCCAUGGUCAUCAACCAUGACCAUGACAUUAUCUGGACCGAGGCCUACAUGGACAGCACACUCUUCGCCUCUCAGGCCCAGAGCCUGCUCCUCAUGACCACCGUGGCCAUGCCGGUCUUCAGCAAGAAGAAUGAGACGAGGUCUCACGGCAUCCUCUUGGGCGUGGUGGGCUCAGAUGUGCCCCUGAGGGAGCUGUUGAAGCUGGCGCCCCGCUACAAGCUGGGCGUCCACGGCUACGCCUUCCUAAACACCAACAACGGCUACAUCCUCUCCCACCCUGACCUGCAGCCCCUGUACCAGGAAGGCCAGAAGUUGAAGCCCAAACCUAAUUACAACAGCGUGGACCUCUCCGAGCUGGAGUGGGAAGACAGAGACGGGACACUGAGGACGGCCAUGAUUAACGGCGAGACCGGCUCCCUGUCCAUGGAUGUGAAAGUCCCCAUUGACAAAGGGAAGCGAGUUCUGUUCCUGACCAACGACUACUUCUUCACUGACAUCGGCAAGACACCGUUCAGCCUAGGGGUGGUCCUGACCCGUGGCCACGGGGAAUACAUUCUUCUGGGGAACACCUCAGUGGAAGAAGGUUUGCAUGACCUCCUGCAGCCGGAUGUAACUUUGGCCAAUGAAUGGAUCUACUGCAUCACGGAUAUCGAUCCGGGGCAUCGGAAACUCAGCCAGCUGGAGGCCGUCAUCCGCUUCCUAACGGGACAGGAGCCGGACCUGCAAUGUGACGAAGAGCUGGUGCAGGAGGCCUUGUUUGACGCUGUGGUCACCGCCCCCAUGGAAGCCUACUGGACGGCGCUGGCCCUCAACCUGUCCGAAGCAUCCCAGGACGGGGUGGACAUGGCGUUCCUGGGCACUCGGGCCGGCCUCAUGAGGAGAAGCCUGUUCGUCGGGGCGGAGAAACUCUCCGACAGGAAGUUCCUUACGCUUCAGGACAAGGCGAGCAUCUUCACCAUGGACCACUUCCCACUGUGGUACCGCCGCGCUGCCCAACAUCCCGCCGGCACAUUUGUCUUCAGCAUUCCCACCGCACCAGAGAGCGGUGGUGAUGGCCAGCCUAUAGUGGUGACGGUCAGCACAGCAGUGGCGGUGACAGUGGAUGGGAAGACGGCCAUAGCAGCAGCCUUAGGGGUGCAGAUGAAACUGGAGUCCCUGAGACGCAGAUUCUGGGCUGCUACGAAGCAGUGCAGCCGUGCGGAUGAACGCUGCCCUUUGAGCUGCCAGGACAGCGACCUGAAUUGCUACAUCAUCGAUAACAACGGCUUCAUCAUCAUCUCCAAGGAGCCCCACGAGACCGGAAGGUUUCUCGGGGAGGUGGACGGCUCCAUCAUGAGCCAGCUCGUCUCCAUGGGGAUGUUCCGCCGGGUGACCAUGUACGACUACCAAGCCAUGUGCAAGAUGGCAUCGCCUCACUACAGCGGAGCCCAGGCCCUGCUCAGUCCCCUUUUGGCUGCGGCAGCUACUGUGAGAUGGCUGGUGACGGAACUUUUCCUGGUCCUCGUGGAGUGGAUCACCUGGGGCCCGGCCCGGGACGGAGGAGCCGAGGCCAAGGCCGUGUUCCACCACUCCCACCGGCCCCGGAAGCAGGAGCAGCUGCAGCCCUGUGACACCGAAUACCCGGUGUUCGCGCACGAGACGUCGGUGACCGAGGCCCACGGCGUCCUCGACUGCGGGAGCUGCCGCAAGGAGUUGGUAGCCCGCCAGGUGCCCGGCAGUAACCUCCUCCUGCUGGUGACCGAGGCCGCCUGCCGCUGCGGCCGCUUCCCACCAGUCCUGCAAGAGCCCACCCAAGUCCGCUAUAAUGCGUCAGUCAAGUGCGAGCGGCUGCGGACCCAGAGGCUGCGCCGCAGGCCGGACACGUGCCACGCUUUUCACCCGGAGGAGAACGCAGAGGAUUGCGGAGGAGGCGCGUACACAGCCCUAACACUGCCUCUUCUCCUGCUGCCGCUGCUGCUUCUGCCACCCUGAUCGGGGGGUGUGCGCCCCGCAGGCCGCCCCCUCCCUCCCCACUGGCGACCCCCAGCAUGGCACCCCCCUUCUGUCCCCAGGCGGCCCGCUGUGGUCUGCCAUCUUCCUCUCCUAGCCGACCCCCAUACCCAAAGUCGGGGUGACCACCGGUAGAAACUCAGCCCAAGACUAGCCCCCACCUACACCCACCCCUACGAUUGCGGGCCCUCCUUGGCAAGGAGACCCACCAGCUCUGCCCCCACCAUCACCCACUCCCUAGCCCAUGGAGGACUUGGGGGCAGGGUGGGGGAAAGGGAAGCUGGGACCACUAAAUCAUCAAAGGCAGGGAUCUGGUCUACGCAUGCUAUUGUAUUGUCCUCUCCCCAGUGUUCUGCACACAGUA